AUGCCAGACAUUCGUCCGCUAAGUCCUGAACUGGCUAAAAAAGCCAGAGAUGAGCUUCACGAGAUACCCGAACGAUUGGACGAUGACCUGGCGGCACUGCGAGCAUGGUUGACUAAAUGCCCUCACAUCAAAUCGCGUACCGAUGAUCAGUUUUUGGUGACCUUUUUACGAGGGGGUAAACACAGUUUAGAACGAGCCAAGGAAAAACUUGACCUGUACUACAGUGUACGUACUGCUUUACCCGAACUGAUCAAAAAUCGUGAUCCGUUCGAUGAAAAAAUUGCCACUCUCAUGCGAUUGGGCAGUGCUGUCCCUCUGCCCACGACAUCAACGCCGGAUGGUCCUCGCAUUUUGUUAAUCCGACCGGGGGCUUAUAGUCCCGAUACAUACACUAUACAGGAAGUGUUCAAAUUCAACUCGAUGUUGGGAGAAAUACUACUAAAAGAAGACGAUCAUCUGAGCAUUGCGGGACAAGUUGGUAUCCUUGACUUGGCGAAUACAACAAUGGCUCAUUUUCUACAAUUCAACCCGACUUUUGUGAAGAAAGUCACAAUGUUGAGCCAGGAGGCUUCACCGUUGCGCUUGAAGGGUUUUCAUUACAUCAAUACGCCAACCGGAUUCGAAACGGUCUAUAAUCUAUUCAAAGGAUUUAUGAAUGAGAAAAACCGAUCACGUCUGUACGUCCACGGAAGUAAUAUGGAAUCACUUUACAAACACGUUCCAAAACGGCUUCUUCCGGAAGAGUAUGGCGGCGAGGCAGGUCCUCUGCAAACAAUUGUGGAUGAAUGGGCUAAGAAAAUCGAGAGCUAUAACAGUUUUUUCAAAGAAGAGGAACAAUAUGGUACUAUUGAAAGCAAACGACCAGGGAAACCAAAGAAUGCGGACAGCCUCUUCGGAAUUGAUGGAUCUUUCAGAAAAUUGGAAUUCACUAACACGUGUCCAGAUAAAGGUAAACGUGUCUAUCUUUACCGUGACAACCGUCUACUAUCGUUAUCGAUCACAAAAAUGCCGAAUAUACGACCACUAAAUCCAGACUUAGCUAGAAAAGCUAGGGAAGAGCUAAACGAGGUACCGGAGCGAAUUGACAACGACCUGGCUGCGCUUCGAACAUGGCUGGCAAAAAGUCCCCACAUCAAAGCCCGAGACGAUGAUCAAUUUCUGGUAACGUUCCUACGAGGUGGCAAAUAUAGCUUGGAACGAGCGAAAGAAAAACUGGACAUGUUCUAUACGGUGCGAUCGGCUUUGCCAGAGCUAAUGAAAAAUCGCGAUCCGUUCGAUAAGGAUUUAGCCGCUAUACUUAGGACCGGCUGUUUCCUACCACUUCCCCAGACGGAAACACCGGACGGUCCUCGAUUGAUGCUCGUCAGACCCGGUGUUGGUGAUCCAUCCAAGUUUUCAAUGGAACAGGUGUUCAAAUUACAGUCGAUGAUUUUUGACAUAAUGAUGAAGGAAGAUGAUAAUCUAUGUAUUGCUGGUCAGGUCGCAAUCGGGGAUUUGUCGGGUACAACGAUGGCUCAUUUCCUACAAUUCAGUCCGACCUUUAUGAAAAAGAUUUCUCUAUUAAGCCAGGAAGCGUCACCACUUCGUAUGAAAGGAGCUCAUCAUAUUCACACUCCACCUGGAUUCGAAACAAUAUUCAACAUGUUCAAAGGAUUCAUGAACGCGAAAAAUCGAUCUAGACUAUUUGUACAUGGAAGCAAUAUGGAGGCUUUGUUCAAAGAAAUCCCCCAGCGUUUAUUCCCAGAGGAAUACGGUGGCGAGGCAGGGUCUAUUCAAUCCAUUGUGGAUGAAUGGGUGAAAAAAGUUGAGAGCUACCAGGAUUAUUUCAAAGAAGAGGAACAAUACAGGACAGAUGAGAAGAAACGAAUUGGGAAACCCAAAAAUGCAGAAAGCCUUUUUGGUUUUGAAGGGUCGUUUAGAAAGCUAGAAGUGGAUUGAUGCAUUCUGAAUGCAUUAAGUGUGAUAUGAGCUGACCAAGAAGCAAGAGAAUAGCUAAAAUUGAAUUGUAGGAAGGAAUCAAGACUUGA